AAGUCGUUUCUUUAUUUGAGCAACAAUAUUAUUCCUUCCCUUUUUCUAGCUAAAGCCCACAGAGACAGACCCCCGCACACUAUCAAAUAUCGACAAAUCACUGGCAGUGACGUACGUAAAGCAUUCAUUUUAUCUACAUCAUAUCUUAUUCUUCUUCUUCUUCCUCUUUCCUCUUCUUUACCCUCAAGACCAGGUCUACAGUGAUCAGUACACAGUACUAAGUACGUAUAGCAUUCAUUUCUCUAUAUUUCUUUCACAACAAUCUCGUCAUGUUUUCCGUUGCCCACAACCCAUGUCUGAUUCUCCUCAAGCUAUGGAGUGCAAGAAAAUCCGUUGAAAUUAUUUGAACAACGCUAAUUUCAUACAAACCCUUUACAUUUUGAAGAGAGAUGAGAACUGUCAAGCAGAGGUGGAAGAUCUCCUUUCACCGCUCUCCGUCGUCCAUCAAAAAACAGCCUCCCAACGAGUUUAUCUGCCCAAUUUCUGGGUCUUUAAUGGCCGACCCUGUCAUCAUCUCCUCUGGCCAAACCUUCGAGCUUAAUUGCGUUCAAGCCUGCAAGGCUUUAGGGUUCAAACCCAUUCUCUCUGACGGCUCUACCCCUGAUUUCUCCAAUCUCAUUCCCAAUCUCGCCCUCAAAUCCAUCAUCCUCAACUGGUGUGACACUUUUCUCUUAAACCCUCCCAAACCCAUCGAUCUUCAAUCCGCAGAGAAGCUCGCUCGCAAAUUAAUGGCCUCACAGCAAACCACCCAUAACGAAGAGAACGACCAGUCGAUUAAAGGGGUUGCAGAGAAUGGCAACGAUGGUGUCAAGAAGUUCACUCACGCCGAGUCCGAGUUGACUCAGCGACGGACUCACUUCACUUCCAGUUCCAGCUCGGACGAAUCUGUGGCCACUACUACUCCUCUGCCGCUAUCCACUCGACCCUCUUGCUAUUCUGCUUCUUCUUCUUCCUCCGAUAUCGAAAUCCUAAGCCCUAAUUGCUCUGAAGAGGAAACAAUCAUUGUUCUACUCAAGAGUUCUCAAGUAUUCGAACAAGAAGAGGCUGUGAUGUCACUGAGAAAGAUCACGAGAACCAGAGAGGACACUAGGUUCGAUCUCUGUACUUCCAGAAUGCUCUCAGCCCUCCGAUCCUUGAUCGUCUCGAGAUACGCGACGAUUCAGGUGAACGCGGUUGCUGCUCUGGUGAACCUCUCCUUAGAGAAUAGAAACAAGGUGAAGAUCGUGCGGUCUGGGAUUGUCCCACCGUUGAUCGACGUGUUGAGAGGAGGAUUCCCUGAGGCGCAGGAACACGCUGCUGGUGCACUCUUCAGCCUAGCCCUUGAUGAUCAGAACAAAACCGCGAUUGGAGUGUUGGGCGCGUUGCCACCACUUCUCCACGCGCUACGAUCCUACUCUGAGCGGGCUCGGAACGACUCGGCAUUGGCUCUGUAUCAUCUCUCACUCGUUCAGAGCAACCGGUCCAAGAUGCUCAAACUCGGAUCGGUUCAGACGCUUUUGGGUAUGGUGAGUUCGGGUCAUUUGACGGGUCGGGUUCUCUUGGUGCUGUGUAACUUUGCUGCGUGUGCGGAGGGGCGUGCGGUUAUGCUUGAUUCGGGUGCGGUGAAGUGUUUUUGUAAGAUGUUGAAGGGGGACGAGUUGGACACCGAGUCAACUCGGGAGAGUUGCGUGGCGGCAUUGUAUGGGCUUAGUCAUGGUGGGUUGAGGUUCAAGGGGCUGGCGAAGGAGGCUGAGGCGGAGGAAGUUUUGAGGAAGGUGGAGAAAGCAGGGAGCGAGCGGGCAAGGAAUAAGGCGAGGAAAAUGCUGGAGAUGAUGAAGGGGAGAGAUGAGGAGGAGGAGGAGGAGGAGGUGGUGGAUUGGGUGGCAUUUCUCAACUCAGGGGAGGUGACUCGGACAAAAUUUGAACUCGGUCAUGGGAUGAUGAACGGGUCAGGGGCGAAUUCCACCGAGUUUUGAGUUUGUGGAGCUCUUUGAAAAAAAUUUAUGGGUUUGUUGUUGGUAAAGGUUUGUAUAAUUUGUGGUGUAUUUUUGUUUAAUGGGGUUUUUGUGUUAGUUGUGUACGUUUGCUCUGUUUAACCCUUUUGGGUUGGCAAUUGACUAGUGGUGGAUGAAAAAGAUGUAAAUACUGUAAUCAUUUUUGGAGAAGAAGCUUAAUGAGCUGGGCCUAA